AUGGUGGAGUUUUUGGAAGAGACUCUAGAAGCCGAUUCUGGUAAGUGUUCGGCCAGCAAUCCAGUGGCAGCCAUUCUGUUUCCCAGUGAACCUCUUUCCAAUGUAUCAUCCUUUCCCCACAGAUUGUUGACUGGCCAUCCUCCACAGAUCGGACUGGAAGCAACAAAUCAUAUGGAAUCAAUGAUUUGUGAUUCGAUUCUUUCUGAUAAGGAUCUUUUUAAGCUUAUUCGCCAGUAUGGUACCAAGCUUUCUUGGAUGACCAGAACCACUUUACCAACAACGACUCCAAAAUCAGACUUUCGCAUUUGGUCAUUCGUGAAACAAUGCAUUGGAAAGGACCUCACCAAAGUCUCCAUGCCUGUAUCGCUGAACGAACCGAUCAGUUUUUUACAGCGUAUUGCUGAGUAUAUGGAAUAUUCAGAGCUACUUACACAAGCAGCGCAACAGACCGAUCCAGUCAGACGAAUGGAGUACGUCUGCGCAUUUGCCGUCUCAGCGACCUCAUCGAAUUGUAACCGUAUAGGCAAACCAUUCAAUCCGCUUCUCGGUGAGACGUAUGAGCUACAACACAAUGGUUUCGUUUUUGUGGCUGAGCAGGUUUCGCAUCAUCCCCCAAUCACCGCGUUCCACGUGGAAUCUGAGCACUACCGAAUGUGGGCUUCAAUUCAGUUUAAACUUCGCUUCUGGGGCAAGUCGAUUGAAGUUCAACCCAAAGGCACUGUCACGUUAGAGCUGCGUAAGUUUGGUGAGAUCUACACUUGGCAAAACCCGAACCUUAUUGUACACAACGUGCUGGUCGGGAAAAUGUGGAUCGAACAUGUUGGACAGCUAAAUGUUACCAACCAUAAAACAGGAAUAUUAGCCCAACUGGAGUUUUCGUCCUCCAGCUGGCUCAGUGGAGCACUGCAUCAAGUCACUGGUCCACUAUUAGUCCCCAAAGCUUCUGCUGAGUCACCAGUUGUUUCACGACAGUUCUUUGGCAAUUGGACACGAGGUCUGUUCACAGUUGACCCCACAGUGUGGGAAUCCCGAGAGGAAAAGAUGCGGCCUAUAUCCGGCCGAAAGCAACCGGCACACUAUACUCGAAGCAAAUCUUUCGACCCCAGCCAAGAUGGUGACAUGGUUCAAUCCAGUGAAUUUGGUUUCGAGAUUCCGUUGCCCGAACAGCGAUGUUUGUGGCGGGCUUCACCUCGUCCGGAACACUCCGGAAGUUAUUACAACUUUACUCAGUUCGCAAUCGGUCUCAAUGAACUUUCCCCAGAAUUACGAAAUGCGCAAUUCGAGCUGCCCUUGUCAGAAACGAAUGGCUUGAGUCGAAGUCCGCGUUCUCUUCUCCCACCCACAGACAGUCGAUUCCGUCCUGAUAUUCGCGCUCUGGAACUUGGUGAUUUAGAGGUUGCCGCUUCUGAAAAAGAACGUCUUGAGCAGAAGCAGCGCCGUGUACGCAAGGCUGCUGAGAACAGUGUCAAGAAUCCAGGUUCCACUGCCACUCGCGGCACGUCGUCGAAUUCAUUCGUGCGGACAGUAGAUGGAGGACUUAGUUUGUCCGCCGUUUCAGGUAGUACGUUUAACGUUCCCAUUCAUGACCAGCCGGUCGUUGGGCCCGUCUGGUUCACGCUGGGUAUCAGUGAAGUGACGAAACAGGAAGACUGGUUAUUUACAGGAUCUUACUGGUUACGCGAUUGGUCACGGUGCCCCGAUCUAUACUAAUCAUGAACCGUCCCACCUGCUACUCCUCAUGCUAGCUGUACACCAGGUCUUUCAACCAAUCAAUCAACCAAUCGUUUCCGCCCACCGACCACGUAUUUAUUUCCACUUUAUUUUUUCAUUCUAUUAAUUCACUUGUGUUUCUCAUUUCUGUCAGUAGUCUCGCUAAUGUCACAAGCGAAGCGCCUCAGCCAUUUCAUACUCCUGUGCAUUUGCUAGAGUGCA